AUGGUUUUUAAAAAAGAGGACAAAUUUCCCGAAUUCGAAGACCCCAGAGCGUUCGACAAACAGGAUUGUCUCUCGUGCAGGAUUCUCGGCUCUACGGCAUUCGUGGCCCUAGGUGGCUACACCUACUUCUCGGGGAUGCAGCAACUUCGCGCGCGACAAAAGGUCAUCGAACUGAGCAAAUCCAAGUACAAAUACGGCUCGCGCCAGCUGGGCAUCAUAUCAUUGUCCGCAACGCUCAUGGGCUUGGGGAUUUACCGCAUGUUUAUUUGA